CCCCGCCUCCGCCGCGCAAACUGGCAACGACGACCCAGGCGGCAAGCAACCAAGAAACAGCUGCUUCAUUAGCUUCUUCCCUCGCGAAGAUCACAGGACGAGGAGAGAAAGGGAAGGGAGUGAUAUUUUCAGAGAUUUCCGAGGAGAGUGAAAAGAGAGCGAUCAAGAACCGAAGAUGUGCAUGGACCGAUCACCGGUGCCGGCCAAGAAGAUCUGGCUUGCCAUCGCCUCCCGCCUCGGCCUCCGGCCAACAGCUGGGCUGAGGAAGCUGAGGAAGGAGGUGAGGACGUGCGAGUACCGCGACGUGCACAUCAUGUGGGAGAUGCUGAGGGAGAUGGACUACCCGGUGCCCCUCGAGGAGAAGGAGGCCGCCGCCGCCGCGGCUGUCGCGGCGGCCGCCGGCGCCAGGAAGAAGAAGGCGGCGUGGAGCCGCUUCCUCUACUACUGCUGCGCGUUCUGAGGUCCACGUGAUGUGAUCAGAUCGAUGGACACAGCCAGCUAGAACCAGGCCGUCAGAGUUGUAGGGCAAGCUGGUAGAGAGGCCGUGUGUAGAUAGAUACAGCAUUGGCCAUCUAACAGUCUGUGCAGAUAACAAACGCGUGUGGAUCCAAGCUGCCCGCAAUGCUGGGUCGUACGCGCGCGGGACAUCUGGAGGAUCAUCUUUCACACAGCAGUACCACUUGUGAAUUGUGAUGAUGUCGUCUGUCUGACGAAGAACCUCCCGAGAAAGACACGCAAGCAGAAAAGUCUGUACCAUGCCAUGUGAGCAGGAUUCCGAGUAGAUGUGGGGCUUGUUUGGUUGUUAAUUUUGCCAAGCCUAAAUGUGACAAGCCAUAAAGUAUGGUUGAAAAAACAAAUAUCAAACUUUAACAAAAGUUGAUAAAACUUUUUCAACUUUA